AAACACACAUAUAUAUACAAGAGUUGAUCAAAACAACUACCAAGUCAUGUAAACAUGGCUCAACUCUUCCCCCUUCCCCUCAUCAUUAUCAUCCCUUUUCUACUAUCCCUUACUUCAUCUCUCCAAUUCAAAGAAGCCCCAAAAUUCUACAACUCCCCAAAUUGCUUAAACAACGAUCAAACCAUCCACAUUUCCAUGACCCUCGACGCCACUUACCUCCGCGGCUCAAUGGCCGCCAUCUUAUCCAUCCUCCACCACUCCACUUGCCCCGACAACCUCCGCUUCCACUUCAUCUCCGUCACCUCCGCCACCACCACCCGCCACCUCAACCACACAAUCGCCACCUCGUUUCCUUACCUCACUUACUACAUGUACUCCUUAAACGACGGUAACGUCGCCGGACUUAUUUCGACGUCUAUUAGGUCAUCCCUCGACUGUCCGUUGAACUACGCGCGGAACUAUUUGGCGGCGUUGUUGCCGGAGCGUGUGAAGCGCGUGGUUUAUUUGGAUAAUGAUGUUGUUUUGGUUGAUGAUAUUGGGAAACUUGCUGCGACUGAUUUAGGGGAAGAUGCUGUGUUGGCUGCUCCGGAAUAUUGUAAUGCUAAUUUUAGGACGUAUUUUACGCCGUCGUUUUGGGCUAAUCCUGGUUUGUCUAAUACUUUUCAUGGAAGAAAAGCUUGCUACUUUAAUACAGGUGUAAUGGUGAUUGAUUUAGAGAGGUGGAGAAAUGGAGAUUUCACAACAAAACUCACAGAAUGGAUGGAAUUACAAAAAAGGAUGAGGAUCUACGAAUUGGGCUCUUUGCCCCCAUUUUUAUUGGUUUUUGCUGGCAAAAUAGCCUCAGUGGAUCAUCGUUGGAACCAACAUGGGCUUGGUGGGGACAACUUUCGUGGGCUUUGUAGGGAUCUACACCCAGGCCCAGUUAGUCUUUUACAUUGGAGUGGCAAAGGUAAACCUUGGGCCCGUCUUGAUGCUGGACACCCCUGCCCAUUGGACUCACUUUGGGCCCCUUAUGACUUGUUGCAAACCCCUUUUUUGUUUGACCAUUGACUUUUUUUUAACCUUUUUGUACAUUCUAUCAUCUACAAGUAGGAUGUUGGGAUGCAUAUAGUAUGUAGGGUAUCACAUAUGUACACAUAGACUUACGACCUGAAAUAUAUGUUGGUUUAGUAUGGUAAUUUUUCUCAUCUAUUAAAAAAAAAAAUGUAGACGUAGAUGUUGUUUUUUCAA